UCCUCCGUUAACUCAGUAACCAAACAAUCCCUCAUCGCCGUUGUACGCUCCAUUUCUAAGCCAAUUUGAUCUCUUUAUGAUCUCGAUCUGUUUCUAGUCAAGUUUUAAGGAUCGCUUUUCACCAACGCAAGAACCUUUUACACUCAGUUUUGCAAAAAUGGCGUUUGCUAGAGUAGCGAGAAGACCCAUUGGAGCUUUCUUUUAUAGUGCUAGUGGUAGGUUUAGCUGUGGAAAUGAGGUGUCAAGCAAAUUCGAAAGUCUGUCUCAGUACAGAUACGCAAGCCCUGUUUGUGGUUUUGGGAAUUUCUUGAGGAGUUUUAGUUCGGAGUCUCCUGCUGUAGUUGAUCAGAUGAGCCUCAUCAAGCAACUGAGACAAAGAACUAGUGCUCCUAUUAAGGAUGUUAAGGCUUCUCUUGUUGAAUGCAACUGGGAUAUUGAGGCUGCUCAGAAGGAUUUGAGGAAGAGAGGCAAAGUGUUGGCUUCGAAGAAGUCUUCAAGGACAGCUGCAGAGGGUAUGCUUGCGGUUGCCCAAAACGAGGGGAAAGUUGCUGUUAUCGAACUGAACUGUGAGACAGACUUUGUGGCUAGAAACGACAUUUUCCAGUACUUGGCUUUAGCUAUGGCAAAGCGUGCUUUACUGGUUGAAAACACUUCUCAGCAAGUUUCUGGUGUCUUCCCCUUUGGCCCUGAGCUUUUUGAGGAGUUGAAGCUCAACCUUGAUCAUCCGAAAGUAAACGGCGAAACAACGGUUUCAAACGCUGCUACAGAAGUAGCCGCGAUAAUGGGAGAGAAUGUCAAGUUUAGGAGAGGUUUCCUGCUCUCAAAAUCUUCAGCAGGCGUCCUCUCAGCAUAUCUCCACACAAGUCCCCAACCAGGGUUGGGUCGUAUAGCUGGGAUUGUAUCUCUCGAAGUAGAAGGUGAAAAUACUCAACUAGAAGCUGUUCAACGUGUAGGCUCAGAACUGGCCAUGCAUGUUGUAGCAGCAAAGCCUUUAUUUUUAAGCAAAGAUCUUGUUUCUUCAGAAGCAAUUGAAAAUGAACGAGAGAUUCUCAAGUCUCAGGCGGAGAGUACAGCCAAGUCUCAGAUGGCUGUAGAGAAGAUGGUGGAAGGCCGUCUCCGGAAAUAUUAUGAAGAAGUUGCUCUAAUGGAGCAAAAGUUCAUUGUGAACGAUGCUAUAAACGUAAAGACUCUGGUGGAUAAUCUGUCCAAGGAGGUGGGCUCUCCUGUGAAGGUUGCCGAUUUUCUGAGAGUUGAAGUUGGGGAAGGAAUCGAGAGGCUUGAAGCAUCUGAUGAACCGGUUGCUCAAACUGCUUGAAGAUGAUGAAUGUGGUCUUUAGGUCCAGAGACCUCUUUCUAUGGUUGAAUACCUAUCACUCACCAUAUGAUUUCUAUUACCGGCUUGAGAUUACAGAAUGUUAGGCUUUCUUUUCCCAUAUUUUGUUGUUAAAAAACGUGAGUUUGCCAUAUACAAUAUGCCAAUAAGAUCAAUUUUGUGAUUGUGCACAUUGCUUCUUCACUCUUUGGCUACACAGCCUAGGGAAGCUGUACUUGGUGAGUUUUCUUACAUAAGUUCAUCAAACAAAAACCUUUACUUCUCCCUCCACUUAUUGGCCUAGGCGUGGAUGUUGGAUACUGUAUGUUGGUUUGGUUCUUUUGGUUUUCGUAUAUUUCACAAUGUACGUAUUGUUUUUGUUGAAUAUUUAUUAUUAGAUAAAGAAAUAUUUAAUGUUGUGUGUGUGUAAUUGUUGAACGAG